AUGGCUUUGACUGUUGAUAAUCGUAAUAUGUUUUCAAACAUUGAUGAAAUCAACUCUGAUAGAGCAACUUGGAAUUUUCAGGCUAAGGUCAUAAGACUUUGGCAAGUGAAUGAUUUUAAUCGAGUUAAUGUUCCUUUUUCUAUUGAAAUGGUGUUAAUGGAUUCAGAUGGUGCUAAGAUUCAUGCCACUAUUAAAAAAACUCUGAUUUACAAAUUUAAACAUGAGUUAAUCGAGGGAAAAGUUUAUUCUUUUGAAAAUCUUGGUGUGGCAGCUAAUACUGGAGCUUAUAGGACAACACAUCAUCCCUACAAACUGAACUUUCAGUUUGGCUCAUUGGUUCAGAGGCUGUCCAACUGUGAUAUUUUGAAGUCUCCAUUUACCUUUGUUCCGAUUGCUGAUAUUUUGGGGGGUUGUUAUGACACUGAUUUUUUACUUAGUCAGUUUCAUUCUAUACAUUUUAAUUCAGGUUUUGAUGUGUUUAUUAAGCUAUUAACACUACACUUUUUUAAAUACUUGAUGUCAGAUGUUAUUGGUUUCUUGACUGAGAUUGGGCAAGAACGUGAGAUCACUAAUCAGAAUGGUAGUACAACGAAGCUGAAUGUCAUUGCAUUGGAAGCUGAUGGGCAUAAGCUUCAAUGUACACUUUUUGGUCCAUAUGUUGAUGAACUUAAUACCUUUGUUGGAGCUGGUGAUCUAACCAAUGCUGUGGUUAUUGUUCAGCUUGCUAAGGCUAAGAUCUUCCAAGACAAGAUACAUAUCCAGAAUUGCAUGAAUUGUUCUGUUUUGAUAUUUAACCCAACUUGUGACGAAAGUGUAGCCUUAAGGGCAAGUCUCAAUGGUUCUGAUGAGAAUCCGUCUCCAUUGACCUUUACUCAAGUUAGCACAGAGUCAAGUGUUCAACCACUUGAUGAGUUUCUGCACAUUACUCCAAGGAUUACCUUGCAAGGUCUCAAGGAUGCUACAACUGAAUCAUCACAUGUUGUUGCUGCAACUGUUAAGAGGACUUUAAAUCCCAAUAGUUAUUGGUAUACAUCAUGUUUGUGCGGCAAGGCUGUUGUGCCGGAUUCAAAGAUGUGGUAUUGUGAAAAGUGUAACAGGCAUGUUUCAAAGGUUGUUCCUAGGUUUUGUGUCAAAGUCAGAGUCAUGGAUGAUACUGAUUCUGCCAUUUUUGUGAUCUUUGACAAGGAAGCAAGUUCCAUAUUCAAUAUGUCUUGUGCUGAUAUGGUUCGAAAUGGAGAAAAUGAUGUUGGUGAAAGAAUUGUUCCACCUCAAAUUGAUGAGACACUGAUUGAUCAAACUUGGCUUUUUAAAGUUGAAGCUAAACCUUUUCAGAAUCCUAGGUUUGAGCAAUCUUUCCGUGUAAGAAAGAUUUGUACUGAUGAGGGUAUAAUUAAGCAAUUUAAGGACAAGUGGGAUAAUGAGGAUGCUGUGUAUCUUAAAAAUACAAAUGAGGGUGGAUCUUUGAGUACUUUGCUGGAAAAGGGGAAAGAUGAUUAUGUAGUUGGGUCGUCAAACGUCCUUUCUGAGGAGUUUGAAAACUUUAGUGGAGAUUCUGACAAGGCAAAAGGUUUGAUUGUUGAGCGGUCAACUGUUGACGUAUCACAAGAUUUGAUGAUUAAAUUUUCAUCAGCUGUUGUUAAUCUUGGCGAUGAUUUUGAUAAUACUCCUCUUUGUAUUAAGCCAAAUACAUCCUCUAAGGUGAAACAUAUUUCAUCUGCUGCUGUUGUCAACCCGAAUACCGUUGUUGAUGGUGUGAAGCCAAUUCAACCUGAUGAUAAUGCAAAGCCAAUCAACUCUUCUGGAUCUGUGAAUCGAAUCAACUCUGCUGGAGCUGCGAAGUCUCAACAAUCUGCUGCUGUUCUUGAUGAUUUGAGCCAGACAGCUUCAGCCUCUGUUAGGCCAUCUGGACAGCGAAAGAAAAUUGUUCCUAAGAGAGUGUCCCCUCAACAUGAAGAUCGAGAUGUUGAAGAUGAAAAUGCUCCUAUCAAGUUGUUGAAAAGGGCGGUGAAGAUUGAGAAGAUUUAAGCCUCAUAUGAAGGUGUCAGAAUUAGUAAAUGCUGUAUUAGUAAUAUUUAUGUAAUAAAUUUUGAUGGCCCAGUGGCAGUGGACCUUUAAUUAGGACUAUGUUUAAGUUGCAUUUUGAUAGAUUAGUAUGUUGCUUAAGUAUUGUUGUUUAGUGGCCUAUUGG